AUUUACAUCACGUGAGGUGGGGUGGGGUGCGGUCUCACAGUUGUAGGCUACCUUUGCUUACCUGUCAUAUUGAAACCUCAAGGCUAUGAAAAAAUCACCAAUAGGUACCACACUGGUUUGAACUAGAUCGACAUAUUUUAUUGACAAAAUGGAAUCGCCUGUGAAGACAGGUUUCCAUAGACUGGAGAUAAAGAAAACCACAUGGGAUGUUCCAGAGCAAUAUAUCGCGCUGAAAGCAGUUGGCUCGGGCGCUUACGGGACAGUAUGUUCUGCUAUUGACCAGCAGACUAAGGAGAAGGUGGCCAUAAAGAAGCUCUAUCGUCCCUUUCAGUCCCUAAUCCACGCUCAACGGGCCUACCGAGAACUAAGACUGUUACGCCAUAUCCAGCAUGACAAUGUGAUCAGCCUCCUCAAUGUCUUCACACCUGAUUUCUCCCUGGAGAAAUUCCAGACGUUUUACAUGGUAAUGCCCUUUGUGGCUCAGGACCUCGGUCGCAUCAUGAAGAGCAGGAGACUAACCGAUCGCAUCAUCGUUUACCUCUUCUACCAGCUGCUACGUGGCCUUAAGUAUAUCCAUUCGGCAGGGAUCAUCCAUCGGGACCUAAAACCUGGCAACCUUGCUGUGAAUGAGAACUGUGAAUUAAAGAUCCUGGACUUUGGUCUAGCAAGACAUGCCGAGAGUGAGAUGACAGGCUAUGUGGUGACACGCUGGUACAGGUCACCAGAGGUCAUCUUCAACUGGAUGCACUAUAGCCAAUCAGUGGACUUGUGGUCUGCAGGCUGCAUCCUGGCUGAGAUGAUCACAGGCCAGGUUCUUUUCCCAGGCAAUGACAGCAUUGACCAGCUGAAGAAGAUCCUCAACGUUACAGGAACACCACCAUCCUCCCUGGUGCAGAAGAUGCAGAGCAAAGAUGCUCGCUCAUAUGUACAGAGUCUCCCUAUCCAAAAGAAGAAAAACUUCAAGGAGGUCUUUCCCUCCUUGCGUGUAAACGCGGUGAAUCUGCUGGAGAACAUGCUGCUGCUGGACCCAGAGACCAGGAUGACGGCUAAAGAGGGCCUCUCACACCCCUAUCUCGCAGAGUUCCAUGACCCAGAAUCUGAACCCGACUCCCCGACAUAUGACGACUCUUUUGAAAGCCUGGAGCUUGACGUGGGAGAGUGGAGUAGUCUGAUCCACAUGGAGAUUAUGGCUUUCGAUCCCAGUAACCCCAGUGCAACUGCAUUGUAGUGGACAGACGCCACAGAGCACUGGCUCCCCCCAGUUUUUGAACCAUGGAGUUUAGCAUAUGAACUACAUGACAAACUAGAAUAACAUGUUAUUACAUGUUAUAAAAAGUUUGCGUAUCACAUUUCACAACAUGGUAUAUGACUUUAUGAAACUUCAUACUGUAUGUCCGAAUUUUUAUGGAUCCCUCAUAUUUAAAGGGAAGGUCAUACACUCUUUAAAAAAGGUGCUAUCUAGAACCUAAAAGGGUUCUUCGGCUGUCCCCAUAGGAGAACCCUUUGAAGAAACCUUUUUGGUAUAACCCUUUUGAUAGAGGCCUCUAGUGGCUAAAAGGCUGUAUUAGCAUGGUCAGCGCCAUUGAGUGCUUCCACCAUUUUAAUGUAGUCAACUGGGUGGGACUUUCAACAUCAUUGGCUGAUCCCUCUUGGUGACCCUGUUGGAGUCAUGUCCAACCGGUCAUCAGGAGGGAUUAGCCAAUCGUGGAGAAGAAAAUUGACUACAUUCUGUCACAGACGCUAUAAUGGCACAGAUACAAAAAUGAAUCCUCUAUCGGUCUCCUAUGGUAGAACUCUAUUGGGUUCCAUGUAGUGCAGGCUUGGCCCAAAUUUAUGUGCUCUCUGACGCCUGGAGUUGGAAGACAGAGAACAAUGCCAAAGGACUAGUCAGCCCUUCCUCCACUGAGGGGCCAAAAUGUUUCUCUCUGUUACAGUAUACAGACUGACUAUUGGAUGUGAUAUAAUAAUACUAUAGUAUCCAUGUCCAGUAUCUAUCUGAAACGUGUUCACUGAGGAUAACUGAUGCUAUAUAUAUAUAUAACUACAUUACGCUCAGAGGUGCUAUCGUCCUCUCAGGAAUUCUGUCUCAUUUACAGUGGUCCAAUCCGCUACACAAGCAUUUAGAUACUGUGACACCCUGUGGAGAUUGGGCCUUUGUGGUCAGGUUACACUGUAAACUUGGUAUCGUUUGAUUGGUCAAUGGUGGUUGGUCUUGGGUUGAAAGGUUACACCUUCAGAUGUUAUAAAUGGAAUUACAUGGCUUUGUUCUCUCUCUUAUCCUGUUUCCAGCCAUGGAGGAAGGUUGUAUGAUCAAUUCUAAUUUCCUAGGCUUCUACGCCUCUGGCCUAGUUAGCAUCUCUUUGUUCAUGCUUUGUCUUGCAAGUUAACCUUAGGAUCUAUAUGCCUAGAAUUAUGCUUUGUUAAUGUCAGUAUUGCCUUGUAACUUAAGCUUUAUGCCUUGUAUGUGAACCCGUUCAUUUUGCAAAGUUAUUAAAUAAUACUUGCUUUGA